AGCACAAUAUCCUUCAUGCAAAUGUAGUCCUGUAUUGUAACCAAAUGUGAGCUGCUUUGUGUCAAUUAAAGACGUUAGAAAUAACGAAAAAUGGACAAUAUUAAUACAGUAAACCAGAUAAACGGCACUCAAAAACCGGAGAAAAAUGAUGAUGAUCAGUCAACAUCAAGUUCAAAGGUUGUUUGUGAAUGAUGUCGAAAAAAGUCCCGGAGUUUGUUACCGGUGAAUUAUAAAGAAGAAAUUGUAGAGCUGCUAAAACUGGCUGGACCAGUGUUCAUAUCUCAGCUGAUGAUCUUUCUGAUCAGUUUUAUCAGCACUGUGUUCUGUGGACACUUGGGGAAAACUGAACUGGCCGGUGUGGCUCUGGCUAUUGCUGUCAUUAAUGUGACUGGCAUCUCCAUCGGCUCUGGAUUGGCAUCUGCAUGCGAUACACUCAUCUCUCAGACGUUUGGAAGUAAUAAUCUGAAGCGGGUGGGCGUGAUACUUCAGAGAGGGAUUCUCAUCCUCCUGUUGGCCUGUUUCCCCUGCUGGGCGCUGCUUAUCAACACUGAGCCCAUCCUGCUGGCUGUCCGACAGAGUCCCAGUGUGGCCAGUCUGUCACAACUCUAUGUAAAAAUAUUCAUGCCUGCUCUGCCUGCUGCCUUUAUGUAUCAGCUGCAAGGACGGUAUCUUCAAAAUCAGGGCAUUAUUUGGCCGCAGGUCAUCACAGGAGCAGCAGGAAACAUCCUCAAUGCUUUAAUAAACUACAUCUUCCUUCAUCUGCUUGAUCUUGGUGUGCCAGGAUCUGCUGCUGCAAACACUAUUUCCCAGUAUUCCUUAGCUGUGUUUCUCUAUGGAUACAUCCGCUGGAAGGGCCUGCAUAAAGCCACAUGGGAUGGCUGGUCUCUUGACUGUCUGCAGGAAUGGGGUGCCUUCAUUCGCUUGGCUUUUCCCAGCAUGCUCAUGCUAUGUGUGCAGUGGUGGACAUUUGAGAUUGGUGGAUUCCUAGCAGGGCUCAUCAGUGAGACUGAGCUAGGAGCCCAAUCUGUUGUGUAUCAGCUAGCCACUAUUGCACAUAUGUUUCCUCUAGGAUUUGAAGUGGCAGCCAGUGUGAGGGUGGGAAAUGCACUCGGAGCUGAAAACACAGAACAAGCCAAGCUGUCUGCCAAAGUAUCUUUAGCCUGUGGAAUGCUUGUUUCUUGUGUGGUUGCAACCUUAAUUGGAAGCACAAAAGAUAUUAUUGGAUACAUCUUUACCAAAGAAGAGGAGAUAGUGCUCAGAGUCUCAGAGGUCAUGAUCGUAUAUUGCUUCUUUUAUUUAUUUGAUGCCAUUGCGGGCAUUACAGGUGGCAUUGUCAGAGGUGCUGGAAAGCAGCUGCUCGGUGCUCUUUGUAAUAUUGUGGGAUAUUAUUUUGUGGGAUUGCCAGUUGGAGUGUCUCUGAUGUUUGCUCUCAGCAUGGGCAUAAUUGGUCAGUGGAUUGGUUUUGUUGGAUGCGUUUUCCUACAGUCUUUGUUCUUUAUCAUCCUCAUUUGCAAACUGGAUUGGAAAAAAGCGACUCAAGAGGCCUUGAUCAGAGCAGGUGUACAAGACCCUAAGACUAAAGAUGAAUCUUACGCUAUGAUUAAGGGCUGCACAGAAGAAGUACCACAGGAAUCCCAGCACACUGAAGAAGGCCAAACAGAUGCAAACACAGAUGUGGAAGGGCUCAGUGAAGGUGGAGGAAUAACAGAUGCUGGCACAAAGAUCACAGUUGAUGUGGUUUUGACCACCAAACAGCUCGUUAUCCGUCGAGGACUUGCGAUUUUCUUCAUGCUGCUUAUACUAGCUGGAGGGAUUGUGUUAAAUGAGGUGCUCACUUGAUUUCUCAGAUUAGCAAAAUAAAUACAGAGCUUUGUCUGCAAUUAAGGGUGGGGGAAAAAUUUUAUACAGCAUAUUAUUGCGAUAUUUUCCAUGGCGAUACUGUAUUGAUACACGGAUG